AUGGAUGGCACACUUUCACACAACGAUUAUUGUGACACAAUGCAGGAUUCGGUUGUGAGCACCUCAAAAAAUAUGCGAAGACAUUCACAUCAUACUAAUAUUCAACAUCAUCGUCCAAGUAGUGUAAAUGCUUCGCAAGUUUUGAUAUCUUGCUUGAGGUUAGUUAUGAAUCAGGAUUUCUAAAUGAAAAUUUCUGAAGAUAAAAAUUACCUACAGCAAAUACGUUCAAAAAUAUAUUAUUUUGUAUUGACUAAUUUCCAAGUUAGCUUAUUGUGAACCUUCAUUGAUUCUGAAUACCAAUAUUAUCAAUUUUUCUUUAUAAGAUGUUUUGUUUACGGAAUCUAUACUUUUUCAAUUUCUAAUUUUUAACAUCUUGCUUCUUAAAUGUUUAAGAAUUUUUAAGAAGUUUUCUACAACUUUUCAUUUUGAACUAGAAUCUCCCAAUCAAAAUCCAAUUAUUUCACUACGCAGAAAAUUGUUUGGUGAUUUCAUAACAACUAUUCACCCAAUUCGAAUGAAAAUUCGAAAUUUCAGAGCUAUUUUGGCACGUUCUCUUUUCAUUGUUCAUUCGUUGGUUACAAUUCGACAAACAGUGAUGAUGACUAACAGGUAUUUAAUUUCUUAUUUUAUUUCAAACACCAAGGAUAACUCGAUGUUUGACCUUUUUCUACUGGUUCAACUCAUAUUUCGUAUUUUUUUUACAGAGAAAGUGUCUGGGGAUUUGCUUUGCUCUCUCUUUUGAUCGUUUUUGAAGGCGGGUAUGCAAUUAUCAUGAGAGCUGGAGAUGAAAGAAAAUGGUGUGUUUGUUUGGUUGGAAAAAAGUUAAUAAAUGUGUGUUUUGGUUAAGGUUCUGCUCGAGUGUCUUUUUGUAUAUUAUUGCAACAGCGCCACCCAUUUGGAUUUUGGAAACAAAAAUUUGUUCAUAUCGAAAUGAAAAUAGCAUUGGUAAUGAAAUGGAAUGAAAACAACGAAUAACAAAUAAUUACAGAUCCUUCUGGUGAACUUCGACUACAACUUUUAGAACAGCUUUUAUUAGUGAAUUUAAUUGUCGGAAGAUGGCUACUUCCAAAAGGUGAUAUAUCUCGAGAACAAUUAUCACAAAUAUUAUUAGCUUAUUUAGUAGGUUACGGUAAUCCAUAUUAUAUUCCUAUUGAAACACUUGAUUUUUCAGGCAAUAUCUUCAGAUAUUGUUGAAUUUUUUGAUGUUUUCAAAGAGAAAGCUGUAUAUUCGAAUACAUAUUUGCAGACAAUUGUAUUAUCAGCAUGGACUGUAAGAUAUUGCGUAUAAUAAAGGCUAACUAACAUUAAUUUCGUUCAAUUUUCAGCUGAGUCUUCUUCAAUUUCCAUUUGUUCUAACAGUUAGCAGAGCUAGAAAAAUGCGUGUUGCAAUAACAAAUGAUUAUGAACAACUAUUUGCACAACAUCGACCUAGAAGUUGCUUGAAAGCCUUUUACGAUGUUGAUAUUUGGGCUAUUUUCUUGGCUAAUGCUCUUCAAGAUGUUCCAUUCUUUUUAGUAAGUUAAAAAGAGAAAUAAGUUUGUUGAAAAAAAAAUACAAAUUUAAGAUUCGGCUAUAUUUGAUGACAGUUCACAAUCUGGUUACUUACACAAUGAUUUUCUUUUUCUUUAAAAACAUGCUAAUUAUUUUGUUGCAGACUUACAGGUAUUUUCCUAAAUGUUUUUGGCUUAUUAAAAUCAUUACCGUUUCAGAUCAAUAAUUAUCAUAAAUGAUAGAUAUAUUCAUCCGAAACCACCAGAUAUGGAUAUUAUUGAACAUAAUAUGGAUCUUAUAAAAUCUCCUGAUGAUCGACAUUCUCAUAAUCAAGGAAAAAAGAAUGGAAAUCAUAAUAAUAAAAAGAAACAUGAUUCAAAGUCAAAAAAUAAUCAUAAACAGAAUCGUCGAAGUAGUUCAAGUACUCCAGUGAAAAAACGAAGAGCUUCAAGAAAUCAAUCGAUAUCUGAAGAACGAGAACAUCUAUUUCCAAGAAGAGGAAGAAGAUUAGACACAUUGGAAGAAAACUAA